UUUAUCUAUUAUGAAAUACAGUUACCUUAUUAUGAUACACAUUUGAGAGUUGUUAUCAGUUGAAUAAAUGGUUCUUACAGCUGAAGCAUAAUGCUGUCCAACAUUUAACCAGUAUGAUAAGACAGUAAAUUACUUUGAAAAUGAGUUUAUAAAUUGUAUAGUUGAUUAAGUGAACACACAGUAACAACAUAGGUGAAUCAGAAAGUAAUUUGUUGUUAACAAGAUAACAAUUUAGUUUCCUUGUUUCAGAUGUGGAAAGCAGCUUUAACAGAAUUAACAGCAACUGCAUCUCUGAUGUUUGCCUUGACCACUUCGAUUGUUGCAUGCUUGGACUCAAAGGAGACUGAUCCAAAGCUUCUUGUUCCCUUUGCAGUUUUCAUCAUAGCCUUUUUGUUCCUAGUUGUGACAGUUCCUCUCUCUGGGGGUCACAUGAGUCCUGUUUUCACAUUCAUUGGUGCUUUGAAGGGUGUUGUCACUCUCACCCGUGCUUUCAUUUACGUCUUAGCACAAAUCAUUGGCUCAAUAAUCGGUUUCUUUAUACUAAAGUGCGUCAUAGACCCCAAAUUAGCCUACACAUAUUCCUUGGGAGGUUGUGCCAUUGAUGGCCAAAGAGUGAGUUUUGGCAUUAAGCCACAGAAUGCUUUGCUAGUGGAAUUUACAUGCACAUUUGUGGUACUCUUUGUGGGGGUCACAUUGGCAUUUGACAAGAAAAGGUCUAGGGAGUUGGGCUUGCCAAUGGUGUGUUUGGUGGUCGCAGGAUCCAUGGCAUUGGCAGUGUUUGUGUCCCUAACUGUAACUGGGCGGGCCGGUUAUGCUGGUGUGGGCCUCAACCCAGCAAGAUGCUUAGGCCCGGCACUGCUUCAUGGAGGACCACUCUGGCAUGGGCAUUGGGUUUUCUGGCUUGGGCCUUUCUUGGCAUGCAUGGUGUAUUAUAUUGUGUCUAUGAACCUGCCAAAGGUGGAUUUGGUUUGGCUUGAGGGAGAACAUGAUGUUUAUGAUACUUCUUUCCCAAAGGAUCUGCCAGAACAAUGCAAUGCAGGGUUCCAAGUCUGA